AUGGCAGCCACUGACCUUCUGAUGAACAUCAUCGAUGCAGAGGCUGUGGUGCCCCACCGACUGCGACAGUAUGCUUUGAAUUUUGGCAGCUUGAAGACAGUCACACAACUGCCUUUUCGCUUGGGAAUCUCGGAGGACAACUUCACGAUUGAUUUCAAACUUCGUUUUCGGGGCUAUGCGUUGCUUGAAGAGGGUGCAAAGUGCCAAAGCAUCUUGGGCUGCUUUGCCAAGAAGGGCACUGCUGAUAGAGACCAAUUCCGAAUUUCACUGGAGGUAUCCAAUAUCACUUCAGCUGAUGAUGGCAUGCUGGCGGGAGAAGCUACUGGCAAACAGCAGGCCUGGCAUCUUGUAUUCUGCUACAACGGGCAGACAACACAGCUAAUGGUACCACCUAUGGCAGGCGAUUGGCUACAUGUUGCCAUUUCAUAUGUGGAGGGCCACACAGAGCUUGGUUGCUCCUGGGAUGGGGCACCAGCUCGCAAAGUCGAAGCGGACUACAGCAAAGUUGAUCAGCGGCAUUCGGUGGAUGGCUAUGUUGGUUUCGAGGUGACGAAAAAACACGUGACGAGCAACUUGUUGUGCGACAUCCACUAUUUUCGCGCCUGGAAAACUUCGCCUGGAAUCGAGAAGGUCAUGGCAAGGCAUGCGGAUUCAGAGGCUCCAGAUCCAAUUUUGGCAGCUGGUGACACGAUCUACACCAUGACAGUUGCGGCGUGCAUCCACGAGGAUCGCGGCUACCUCUUAGAUUUGAUUCCGAAAGAACGAUUGCCUGGUGCCAAAGUCACUGGGCGGAACUUCACCAUGUUUCCCGCCCUCCGUAGCCGCCUCGCAGUCACCACCGACUACGUGGGUGCCAUGGUUUGUUCUGUGGAGCAUGUCCCUCGUUUCGUGUCCCCUCAUCCCUCCCUUCGACUCGGCCUCGUACAGUCCCGAGACGCCCAAGCGGCUUCCAGCGCGGCAUCCAGCGCGGAGGCCAAGGAGAAAAUCAAAGCUCCAUCCUACACAGCUCGAGUGGCGGCUGAAAAGUUCUCGUCCACCCAGAUCAGGGCCACGGUUCCGGAAGCUGCUGUCAAGGCUGGCGUCCCAGCAGGAAAAGGUUGCUGGGCAUGCUUUCGGCUUUGCCACGAGCACCAUGCUGCACAGCAGUUUACUUGGGUCAUCCAUCAUUCUUCUGACUUGAAUGGGCAGACGAAGCGGGAGCAGUGCUGGGUUGGCCUUAUUGAUGAAGCGGGAGGAGAGUUCUAUCGCUUCAAUUGCUUUGAUUUGGAAGCCACUGUGGAUCAGCGCUUGAUGCAACAGAGCCCAGACCACCGAUUGGACCAUGUGGUUGAAGACAAGAAGGCCAUUGCAAAGGCCGCACUACGUCGACGUGGCAGUGUGGUCACUUUGCAGGCAACCUUUGAGCUUCAGACCCGAACAUGCUGGAUCAACGUCUUCAUCAAUGACAUGAUCCUGGAUGCUCGAAUCCUCCGGCUCCAACAUCGACACAGCUUGCGGUGUGCAGCGUUUGUGGGAAAUUCCGGCCAGCACUUUUCUUCAUUACCACCGUUGUUCACGCAGUGUUCCUAUGGCCAACUGGUUUACCAGCUUCCCGGAAAACCGCAGGAUCGUUUCUCCAAGUUCAGCUUCCCAUUGCUUCUUUGGCCUUCCAUGGAGCCUAACAUUCAGGUUCCCACUCCUGGGGAACGUUCUUCCAUCUACUGCUGCUACUCAGACAUGGCCGAGAUGGAGUCGAUCCCCUUUGAUCAUCCAGCCAACGAACGCGUCCGACGCCGUAUCCUCGCGCGUUUGACACAAGCGCGCUCACUGGAGGUCUCCCGGAAGGUCAUCGAGAUCGCGGCAGCGGGCUGUUCGGUGGAACGGACCGGUCUUUGCAGCUUUCCCGGUGAUAUGCUUCUGUUGGCCUCUCUAAGUGCCUCGGAUGAGCUGUGGAAGGUGAUCGGCCGACGCGGUGGAGAACUGGGUCAUGCCAUACACUCCAUUUGCAAUGUUACGCUCGGUGGCAGUUCCAAUGAAGUGACCCAAGCCUUGGAGCAAAAGCAAAUGGCCCUGCAGGUCAUUGAGAUGUUGCUACGCUAUCCUCAUACUUAUGACCAAUUGAUGCGGGAAGGUUACAUGGCGCUUUUGGUGCAAGAAGUGUGUAAUCCACCGAAGCUCCAGGAUGAUGACAGCCUUUCCGUUUUCAGCUCUGUCUCUACCAGGAUCCUGAAAUCUACCCAACGCCUAGCAACCUGGGCCACUCGGCGAGUAGCAGCACUGGCACUUUUUCGUACGAUGCGGUUGCGGAGCAGUUUGCUUUCUGCGAAAGAUGCCCCUGCUUUGAUGGAGACCUUGUCGCAGGCCAUUGAUGAGCUGGCCGCAGUAGGGGGUUCCGUCCAUCUCGCAAGCGACGAUGGAACCGGCGGUUUGGUACAUGCCGAAGGGAACGACCAGACUGAGGUGAUGCAAAGCAGUCUUGGUCAGCUUGGAAGUGAAGAUAAGCAGGUCAUUAUUGGAGCAUUGUCCGGGACAGUCAACAUCGUCCGGUCAAACUUGUCCAAGUUCUCUGAGGCUCUUGCAUUCAACCUUCAGGGCCUGGCUCAGGGCUCGCCGCACUUGGAGAAGUCCUCCGACCCACAGCUGGUGCGCAAUAUUUUGCGCACACUCAUUCGGAUGGUUGCUUUUGAGGACUGCCCCACACGAUUCGUGGAGUCUCAACACACGUCGUCUGAAUUGAUGAGGCAUCCCUCAGCGAAGAUCUUUCGAUGCCAGGUGCCUAUGGCCACUAGCAUGCAUAUCCAUUUUGAUCCUUUACCCAUAGGACGAGGUGCCGUGAAGCUCUUUGUUGGAGGCGAGCAAGUGGCAAUUUUCAACAAAAGUCUUCAAUCCAAGGCAGUGAGCAACACAUCCACAAUCAUUGAGAUCAGUGGAGACUGCUUUGACUGGCAAUUCAUUUAUGACACAGACAAGGUCUCAUCGGACCGACCGGAGAAGGCGAGCGGGCAGACCGACCGCUCUGCCCCGAGCGGUCUUGGCACUGAGGCGAUCAGCGAGAAUUUGGGAUAUCGCUUCUAUGUUUUGCCAAGCUUUGAAGCAUCAACUCAAGAGGAAGCAAAGGAAAGACGUUUGUUGGUGAUGGACCAGCCGCUUUUGGUCAGCCGCAUCAUCAAGCUGCACUCAAAGACUCCUAAUGGUGGGCUGGCAGGUGCUGACCAGGAUGGGAAAGGGAUCAAUCUUGACAUGCCUGCACAAGCAAUAUGGUCAAAGGAUUCCAUCGCAAAUCGUGGGUAUUUGUGGAUUCAUCAUCAAACAUCAUAA